AGGGGGCUGCCUGCCUGCCUGCCUGUCUCCACCGUGUCCUGCUAAGCUUGUGAGCUGCCGAGGAGCAUCUAGCUGGCCAGUGCUGGAGGCUGAGCGCUGUCCUGCAGGCACCCGCUUCGUCUCAUCCAGCAAGAAUCAGGUGCUACGUUCUGAGGCAGCUCAACUUCAGGGCACGCGAUUGUGACUUGCUUGGGGCGUGCUGCUGGGAACAGCCAGGCGGAAACCCUCUUAGUUCCUUCCCAGCUCUGAGGAUAGCCAGAUCAUGGGUUCAGAUGCAUCUGGAGAGAUAGGGAGGCCAAGAAGAUCUGUUUUUUGGGGCUGUGAGACGGUCUGACAUCAGGAUUUUCCUAGCCAUUUUAUUUCCUCGAGCAGUGCUGCUGAAGUUGUGAUGAUUGAAGUGCUGCUGUUGAUUUUGUGAUCUGUAAGAAGGCGCAAACAAGGGGUGCCCCUUAAAACGCGGUAGACCUGAAACCUCAGUUUUUGCCAGAUGCGAUUUUCUUUUUAAAGUGAUAUUGCUCAUUGGAAGGGAUUGUUCCUUUCCGAUAACUGCUCUAGAGGGAACCUAAUGGAGCCCUCCCCCUCUAGAUUUCCAGAACGGUGCAGCAGCUGCACAGAACAGGCACCAAACAACUCUUUCGGUUACCCCACUGGUCAGAUCCAGUCACCUCGCAGCCACAUGGAUUUGCAACCCCUUUGCUUUCCCUUUCCUGUAGUGGCAGGUGGUGCCUGCUGCACUAGGGACUGACUGCAGCUCUGUUCCAGUUCAUUCUUCAUCCCAGGGAUGCAGCUUCCUCUUUGCCUGCUCUCAGCAGUUUCACGGCAACAUUAUUGAUCUCAAAAGGACUUGUGGUUUCCAUCAUGAUGGCUGAAUACAAUACAGACACUUUUUGAAGCAGAAAGCUAUUGAGUAAAUAAAUAAGGUGGUACUGAGAAGAUGCUCAGCAGCAAUCUCAUGUUGUGAGCGUCUGUCAUUUUUGCUUGGGAGUAUGAUGGAAGGACAGGAAGAAAACCACAAACCUGGUUUCCAGACAGCGAGUAACAUGGAACAGCCAUUCACUGUGAGUUCCUUGAAAAGGCUAGCAGCGAUACCUGACCACACAGAUAUUUCAUUGAGCCCAGAAGAGCGUGUACGUGCCUUAAGCAAACUUGGUUGUAACAUCACAAUAGAUGAAGAAGUUACACCACGGCGCUACUUUAGAUCUGGAGUGGAGAUGGAGCGAAUGGCAUCUGCAUAUCUGGAAGAAGGAAAUCUUGAAAAUGCCUUUGUUCUGUAUAACAAGUUCAUAAUUUUGUUUGUAGAAAAGCUGCCCUGUCAUCGAGACUACCAGCAAUGUGCAGUUCCAGAAAAACAGGAUAUUAUGAAGAAACUGAAGGAUGUCGCAUUUCCAAGAACUGAUGAGUUGAAGAAGGACUUGUUAAAAAAAUACAGUGCAGAAUACCAAGAAUAUAUGCAAAACAAGAACAAAUGCAAUGCUGAACUGCUGAAGAAACUAGAGCAACAAAAACUGAUUGAAGAAGAGAAAAAGCGAAUUGCACAGAUCCGUCAACAGCAGUUGGAAACGGAACAGUUUCAGUUCUUUGAAGAUCAACUGAAGAAGCAAGAACUAGCUCGUGAUCAGAAAAUUAAAGACAACUCAGUUAUAUCAGAACAGACUGAUGGGAGCACAUUGUCGUCAUGCAUUUCAGCACAUCUGAACAAUACCUUACCCACAACGAUAGCAAACAAGAGUGAUGCGUCUGCUGGACAAUCUCCACCUAUAAGUCGGGCCUUAAAGCCAGCUGCUACACUAAGUGCUGUUCAGAACAAUGCGACGGAAGGUCUGAGAAGUGUGGUUCUGCCCAAGGAUCUUUGCCACAAGUUUCUGCUGCUUGCAGAGGCAAAUACAGUAAGAGGAAUAGAGACAUGUGGAAUUCUCUGUGGAAAACUGACCCAUAAUGAACUCACUAUUACUCAUGUAAUAGUGCCAAAACAGUCUGCAGGACCAGACUACUGUGACGUGGAGAAUGUGGAAGAGCUAUUCAGCGUUCAAGACCAACAUGAUCUCCUCACUCUGGGCUGGAUCCAUACACAUCCAACGCAGACUGCAUUCUUAUCCAGUGUUGAUCUUCAUACCCAUUGUUCUUAUCAGCUAAUGCUACCAGAAGCUAUUGCGAUUGUUUGUUCUCCAAAACAUAAUGACAUGGGAGUCUUCAGACUUACUAACGCUGGCAUGUUGGAAGUUUCUGCUUGUAAAAAGAAGGGCUUCCAUCCCCAUACCAAGGACCCUAGGCUAUUUAAUACUUGUAAACAUGUGAUUGGGAAAGAUGUGAAAAUAACUCUAUUGGAUUUGAGGUGAUAUGGAUGAGAGAAGAACACCUUCCCCAAAACAGAUGCCCAAAGGAGAACAAUGGCUGCCAGAUUUUCCUACAGUGUUUUCCAAAAGUUAUUGACAUUUUAUAUUUGUACAUUUUAGAUUUAAUAAUUUGAUAUUUAUUACCCUUUCCCAUUUUGAAGUUAUUUUAUUGUUCUGUCAAGAUGGAGUUCACAGUGGCAUUCAAUCAGGAUCAGUUAUUAUACUGGAAUACUAUGCUAAGAUAAUAAAAUGAACUUGGAACAGUGACCAUGGUGAAACGUUUACACUGCUUCA